UUUUAGACGAGACAGCAAAAUCAGAGUGACUGUGUGUAAUUGUAUUAUAAAUAGGAGUUUUAAUAUUUCAGCAUUUUCUAUUCGUAACUCCACUUCAUUAUUUUCCUCCCAAGAUUGUUACCCCUUCUUAUAUCUGUCCAUUCAAUAUAAAGCUGGAGCCAGGAGGCAAUUAGCUUAGCUUAGCAUAAAGACUUGAAACGGGGGGAAACAGCUAGCCUGGCUCUGUCCAUCUGUAACAAAACCCACCUACCAGCACCUUUAAAACUCAACCAGCACAUCAUAUGGUGGGGGCUGGUUUUUGUUAGUCAGUCUAAUGCUGGGCAAGAAAGCAAAUGUGUCAAUAUGUCAAAAUAUCAAACUAUUCAUUUAAUUAACAUUUUAAAAUUCUACGCGCAUAUAUUAACUUUGGAGUAAUCAUUAAUCACCUAAUACAGUAUGCUGUGUUGGCUGACACGUGCUCCUUAAUACCACGUCUGACAAUUUGUAUUCAGCGCUCGCUAGAUUCGAUUUGGGAAUUUACGCGGUUCCCGUGAAUGCACCAGUGGACAGACUCGAUUAGUUCUGUCUGUGGCAGAUUGUCCUGGCUCCUGACAGCAGACACGCCCCGGUGUUACCGUCAGUAGUCACAGUAGACACAACCUCGCAGUGAUGACCUUAUAGUCUACGUAAGACACCACUUUAAAAGCAGUAAUGGGCUCUCAGGACGCCUCAGGGGGCGAAGACUGUCCCUUCUGCCAAAUAGUAAACAAGCAGACCGACACAGAGAUCCUGCUCAGCGACGAUCAGCUGGUUUGUUUCCGAGACUUGAAGCCUGGUGCCACACAUCACUACCUCAUCAUCCCCAGGAGGCACAUCGACAACUGUAAGACUCUCCAAGGAGACGACAUCCCUCUGGUGGAGCAGAUGCAAAAAAUGGGGAGGAGUAUACUGGAGAAGAAUGAAGUCUGCGACCAAGAUGAUGUCAGGAUGGGCUUUCAUCUGCCUCCAUUCUCAUCUGUUCCCCACCUCCACCUCCACGCUCUGGCUCCAGCCAGUAAGAUGAACUUCAGGUCACAGCUUCACUACGGGCCACAGUCUCACUGGUUCAUCACUGUAGACAAAGUGCUUUCUCAGCUGAGACUUCGUGGCAAGGUAAAAUAAAGAGCAUCAAAGUA